AUGGCUUUAGGAGUCAGGGUUACUGACGGUUUUGGCAAAUUUCAGACAACACCGAUUGCUGGGGUUGAUCGGGAUGCUGUUAUAGCUCGGCUGACAGACUUAGUUGAACGCCAGGCGCAACAGGUUCAACAACUUAUUGAACAAAGAAAUACGGACAACCUACGUACUGAUGUGAAUCAACGACAACCGCGAAUAGAGCCUAUUGAGUUGGUGUGCGAGCGAUUCCGUAAACUGAAUCCACCAAUCUUUGAAGAUGCUACCGAUCCUUUGGCUGCUGAAGACUGGUUGAGAACCUUAAACAAUAUGUUCCAAUAUAGCAUAAUUCCAGAUACAGAGAAGGUUUUGUGUGCUUCCUUCAUGUUACGUGGUAGUGCGGGACACUGGUGGGACACAGUCAAAAGUAUCGAAGAUGUUGCUGUAAUGACCUGGGAGAGGUUUAAGGAGAUUUUCAGAAAUAAAUACUUCACUGCUCUAGUCAGAAUCAUGAAGAUGAAUGAAUUCAUACAGUUGAAACAGGGAAACGUGACUGUUACAGACUACCUCUGUAAAUUUGAGUAG